AGCCAAUCCGGUUUGACAAAGCGUAUCUCUAGGCGGGGUUUAUCCAGAUCUAGAACUCCCAUGAGCGGUGUAGCCGGGGGUAGCUGCUAAUAUACUUUCUUGUACAAUCGUGAACUGUCUGUAUGCUGGGUGGUUAACGCCUUUCACAACUACCAAAAGGAUGGUCAAGAUUUUCAUCGGGAACCUUCCUCGUGAGGCAGACAAGGAUGAAAUCCAGGCAUUAUUUGCAAAGUACGGUGAGGUCACAGAAUGUGCCAUCAUCAAGAACUUUGCUUUCGUCCACAUGGAUGAUCGUAAGUCUGCCACCAAAGCCAUCCGCAGCCUGCACCUCCACAAGCUGCAUGGUACAGCGAUAAAUGUUGAGGCUAGUCGCGGAAAAAACCAGGGAGCUGUCAAGCUCCACGUAGCCAAUGUGGAAAAAGGCAGCGCUGAUGAGCUUCGCACUCUGUUUGAGGAGUACGGCACAGUGUCUGAAUGUGCCAUUGUCAAAAACUUUGCAUUUGUGCACAUGGACAACUCUGAUGAGGCUAUGGAUGCCAUCAAGGGAUUAGACAAUUUUGAAUUUCAAGGGAAACGUAUCCAUGUCCAGAUAUCAAAGAGCCGUCCCAGGAACGAAGAUGAAGAAGACUACCCCCCACCCCCACAUGAGAGGGGGGGGUAUUGGCCCUCCAGGGGUUACCCUGGCGAGCGGCUUGAGCCCCCACCCCCUAGCUAUUUAAGAGGUCGCCACCCACACCCUCAUCACGGGUACCCCGUCCCCCCUCCACCGCCCCCUCCCCCUAGACGAGCACCUUACCCCGAUCGUGCUUAUGAGCGCGAGAGGGAAAGCUAUGCCGUGGUGGAUUACUAUGAGAAAUACAGGGCUCGUCCUGCACCUUACAGCAUAACGUCUUAUGACGAGAGGCGUGUAGGCUCCUUACCCCCUCCUCCCCCACCCCCCCCUUCUAUGGUCAGAGAGCAUCUUAUCCCCCCUGGCCUCGACCCAUACGAGCGUCGCCCCCUUCCCCCUCACCCGUCUGCGUACUAUGCUAGGGACCGCAGUCCCAUUCGGAGAGCACCGCCUCCCCCGAUGCCACCCGCCGGUAACGGCUACUCCUACGAGCGCUCUCGUCUUUCUCCUGUCUCUCGCCCCGCGAUGUACAGCCUACCUCGUACCAGGGAUCCCUACGCUGACAGGUUACCACCACCGCCACCGGCCCGCUAUUACUAAGCGACGCAUGGCGCCGUUUGACUAAAGGUUUAAAUAUUUCAUCAAGAUCUGUGUCCUCGUCAGCGCCGUCGUCUCCUGAUGUUCGUGGCGCUAUACCUCCCUCGUCUGGCUGAGCGCGUUUCGUUUUCCUGCAACACUCAGGAGGAAGUGUAAUGCACGACGUCUCGGCAUCUAAAACCCUUAUUAGUCGUACUGUUUUGCAUUGUUUUCGUAUUGUGCUUUAGCUACUUUUUAAUCUCUUCUAGAAGCCUUUUAGUUAGGCGUUAUUUUACGUCCCAAUAUUUAGUCCUCUUGAUACUGUGACAUGUGCCCAUAAUACAGAUUUUUGCUGUUUUAAUCCUAUUUCUUAAAUUGUGACGGAAUUAUGCUGCUAAGACGCUAUUUCGGAAAAAAAAACAUGUUAGUAAUAUCUAAUAAUCCUGACUGUUUUUCGACCUGAAUACGAACCCACAUGUUUCCUUUGAAAUUAAACCAACACUUUGGUUCACCCAUCGUCGAUUAUGAAACAGUUGCGCUCUGCGACAAUGUACAACAGCGCAAUAAAAUCACUACAACGGACUGUAACAAUGGACUAGUU